AUGCUUGAUUGCCUGCAGCUUCUCUAGUUUUGACGACCGACGGAGGAGGUGACGGAGUGACGCCGAGUUGAAACUGCGGUGGCAAUAUGGAGGCGGCGACAUUUAGUGGCGCUUCACCGCUCCGAGCCUUUGGAAGCUCAUCUUCUUCUUCAUCCUACGGUUCUUAUUCCCAAACUCAAAUGUUGCUGCACAAUAAGUUUAACAGUAACGGUCUGAAAUUCAAAGCUCCCAGAAGCUUUUCGGUUCGCGGCUCUUCUUCUAGUGACAGGAAUUCGGUGGUUACUCUGCUCGACUAUGGUGCCGGAAAUGUGCGAAGUUUAAGGAAUGCAAUUCAAUUCCUUGGUUUUGAUAUUAAAGAUGUACAAACACCUGAGGACAUUAUCAAUGCAAAAUGUCUAAUUUUCCCUGGAGUAGGUGCCUUUGCUGCUGCUAUGGAUGUGCUAAGCAAGAAUGGAAUGGCUGAAGCACUCUCCAGAUAUGUUGAACAAGAUCGACCAUUUCUGGGCAUUUGUCUUGGCUUGCAACUGCUUUUUGAAUCAAGUGAUGAAAAUGGUCCAGUAAAAGGUCUUGGUUUAAUCCCUGGAGUAGUUGGGCGCUUUGAUUCGUCUACAGGGAUCAGAGUACCUCAUAUUGGAUGGGAUGCACUGGAAAUAACAAAAGACUCAGAGAUCUUGGAUGAAGUUGGAAAUCAACAUGUCUAUUUUGUUCAUUCAUAUCGAGCAAUGCCUUCAGAUGCUAAUCAAGAGUGGGUAUCAUCUACUUGCAAGUAUGGUGACAAUUUCAUAGCUUCUAUCAGAAGGGGAAACGUCCAUGCUGUUCAGUUUCAUCCUGAGAAGAGUGGGGAUGUUGGCCUUUCUAUCUUGGAUAGGUUUUUGAAACCAGGGUCCAAAAGAACCCAGAAGCUAGUCCAAGGAAAGGCUGAUAAACUUGCAAAGAGGGUUAUUGCUUGUCUUGAUGUCCGGAGCAAUGACAAUGGUGAUCUUGUUGUAACUAAAGGUGACCAGUAUGAUGUAAGAGAGCACACAAAAGAAAACGGGGUGAGAAACCUUGGUAAGCCAGUAGAUCUUGCUGCACAGUAUUACAAGGAUGGAGCUGAUGAGAUCAGCUUUUUGAAUAUUACUGGUUUCCGAGACUUCCCUCUUGGCGAUCUACCAAUGUUGCAGGUAUUGAGGUAUACAUCAGAGAAUGUUUUUGUGCCUUUAACUGUUGGAGGAGGUAUUAGAGACUUUACUGAUGGAAAUGGCAGGUACUACUCUAGCCUGGAAGUUGCAGCUGAGUAUUUCAGAUCUGGUGCUGACAAGAUUUCUAUAGGGAGUGACGCAGUAUACGCUGCUGAAGAAUAUCUUAAAAAUGGAGUAAAAACUGGAAAAAGCAGCCUGGAACAGAUUUCAAGAGUGUACGGGAAUCAGGCAGUGGUUGUAAGUAUAGAUCCCCGCAAGGUGUAUUUGAAGGAUCCACAAGAUGUGGAAUUCAAGGCCAUCAAAGUGAGGAACCCAGGUCCAAAUGGUGAAGAAUAUGCUUGGUACCAAUGCACAGUGAAUGGGGGACGAGAAGGUCGAGCAAUUGGAGCAUUUGAGCUUGCAAAAGCCGUUGAAGAAUUGGGUGCUGGUGAAAUACUGUUAAACUGCAUUGACUGUGACGGUCAGGGAAAGGGUUUUGAUAUAGAUCUUAUAAAGUUAAUAUCAGAUGCUGUAAGCAUCCCUGUAAUUGCAAGCAGUGGCGCUGGAGCAGCUGAACACUUCUCAGAGGUUUUCAAAGAAACAAAUGCUUCUGCUGCCCUUGCUGCCGGCAUUUUCCACAGAAAGGAGGUCCCUAUCCCGUUUGUCAAAGAACACCUAAUGAAGGAAGAUGUAUGACAGUAUGAGUCUCAGACUACCAUAUGCAUGACGAGAAGAGAAGCAAAGCUAGCUGCUCACAUGGUUUUGAUUUUAUUAAAGUACUCAAUUUAAAUUACAUUUUCCAUCAUUUGCAAUGGAGCCAAAGAUUCAUUAUUUUUUGGCUUGAGAAUAAGAUGGAAUAAAGCAAUAUGGCUCACUAAACUGUCUGCGUUCCUUUGUUAUGAAGUAGCAGUCAACCCAUGCAAUUUUGGACGCGAUUUUCACUACGGCCGGGUCAUCCGGAAACAGUCUCUUUCUGCUUUACUACAGAGGUAAGACUGCGUACAUCCGACCCCUCCUUACCCCACCGUAGGUGGGGAGCCUUUGCGGCACUGGGGUAAAUGAAAAUGAAAUGAAAAUGACUCAAUUUAAAGUACAACCUUUUUAUUGUUCUCUUCCAUUUUGUUCCUUCUAUGUGUUUUUAGGAUAUUUUUACUUGGAUUGUUUUCGGUCCUAGACUAGACCAGAUCAGACUUAAACAGGUCAGACCAGACCAGAGUUAAACAGGUCAGAUCAGACUUAAACAGAUCAGACCAGAAUUUCGUAAUUAUAAAAUACAAAGAGACCGG